AUUGAUCAUAACAGACGUGUGUAAAUAUAUUUCUUAUCUUAUGGAUAAGUUGUGCUAUCUCACUGUAGAUAACUCUAGUUAUUGUGUUCUCACGGAGCAAACCUCACGGUGAACUUAUCGAAAAUAUUUUAAAACUUGUAAAUAUUAGAAUUAAAUAUAACAUAUUUUAAGUAAAAAGUGUAUAAACCCUCGGAAUUAUUGCUGUAUCAGAAUUUGAGUGGCAGCUGCAACAUAUUGCAGUUUCAGAUGUAAAAUUUAAGCGUCUCAACUAAGACUUAUUAGAUAACUUUCCAAUGGAUUUUGACCCGCCCCAAUCCCGUAGAGGCAGCAGGUCACGAGCUCUAGAAAGAUCUUUAAGCUAUUCUGAAGCUAUCGGAAAUGGUUCUGGCAGGUCAUCAAUAGAAAUCCCCCGAAUCGAUAACACAGAUGUAUAUUAUAACGAAGAACUGAAAAAGCACUAUCGAAUAUCACAAACCUACGUUGAAGGCAAAGAAAUUGUGUUCCCAUCAAUUAUAACUAAUAUUGACACUAAAGAAACUAUACCUUCUAGUGGUGAAGGACUGCUUACUGAUGCAUCACAGUAUUCUAGUGAAGAUGAACAAACAGACGGAGGGAUCGUUAUGACGAUAGAUGUUGAGCACGACAGUCCAAGGACUUCUGAAUCAACAACAAGACAUCAUUUGUCUGAUGUAUCAACACAGCCUAUGGCCAGCCUUCAGACUGACAGUGAACUUUAUGAUAGGAUUGAGUACGCAGACGAUAUUUAUAGUGAUAUAGGAACCUCCCAUACUUUAGGACCUUCAGCUUCACAAAGAUAUUCUGCGCCAUACACAAGAAGAAGUAAAAAUAGCAAAAAGCAACGAUUUCAACGCGGAAGACCGACUCGUUCAAGACGAGUGGUAUUCAAAAACGGAGAUGAGAAUGUCCCCGUACGAAGAAACAUACCGUCAAAAUCAAUUAAAUAUAUGAGGGACAUCGUGAACACUGUUAUAAACAGUAAAUGGCGAUUUCUUUUACUGUCUGUGGUCCUCGCCCACUUCGUAUUCUGGUUCAUUUUCGCCGGAAUUUGGUACGCUGUAGCCAUGUCUUACAAGGAUGAUGAUGGAAGGGAUCACUGCGUCAAUGGAACAUCUUCCUUCGCUGGACUGCUGAUGAUGUCAGUUGAAACUCAGAUGACAAUAGGGUAUGGAGUAAGAUUCCCGAACGAAGAAUGUCCCGAAGCAAUAAUCAUUAUGGUACUAGAGAUAGUAGCUGGCACAGCCUUAUCAGGUGGACUAAUCAGUUUACUGUUCACGAAAAUGGUCAGACCAAACAGACACGUAACUGAUGUUGGGUUUAGCAAGAAAGCAGCAGUGUGCCUUAGAGAUGGCCAACUGUGUCUACAAUUCCGAGUAUGGGAUCUCACAAAUAUUCACAUCAUCGCAAGUACCAUAACAGCUUACAUGCUCAAACCUAUCAGGACCCUUGAAGGCGAACUGGUGCAUAACUACAUCCACCAAUUAAAAUUAAAGCAAGCAAAUGCAUUCCUCUUGUGGCCUAUUACGGUUGUGCAUGUUAUUGAUUCAGAAAGUCCACUCUACGACUUAUCUGCUCAAGAUAUGAUGGAUUAUAGAUUUGAGAUAGUGGUUUGCCUAACUGGAUCAUCCAAGAACAUGGGUACUGUCACCCAAAGCAGAACUUCGUAUCUUUCCAAAGAAAUUAUCUGGGGAUAUAGAUUCAAGAAUGUGCUGUCAUACUGUAAGAAGAAAGAAUCAUACGUGAUCGAUGUCGAUCACUUGGACACAGUCGAACAGGUCGAUACGCCUUUAUGCUCCGCAUCCCAGCUCAAAUGUGUGGAAGUUGACAUACAGUCUUCUGAACAGAUUAUAUCAACGCCUACGUACAUGUCCAUAUCGCCAUCUAAUGUGUUUUUCGUUAGGGAUAACUCAUCCCUAAAUAGGGAGAGCUCAUCUUUAACAAGAGACGAUUCUUCACAAGCAGCGGAGUCGUUACCGUCUACACCAAGCUUCAGCAGGAAUGGAACACAGAGAAGUUUUGGUUGGAACUUUAAAAGAUUUCGAAAUGACAAGUUGUAUAAAUAGAUAAUUUGUAUAAAUCUAGUCUUAUUAAACUCAUAAAGGCGAAAGAUGUUUUUAUUUGUUGGUUAUGUGUUUACGUCUACGAUAUAUAGGUAGAAUAUAUCGUAGAUAAAAUAUAUAGGUAGAAAAAAAAUAAAAUACAAAAAUGAAAAUUUGGAAAGGAGAUAAUACGGAAUGAUGAUGUAUAUUAUAAAAUAUAGAAUAUGAAUAUAGAAUAUAAAGUAAUAAAAAGCAACUUAUUCAUUUUUAAAAAUAGGUCAUUAUCGGUGAAUUUUAACGUUUAUUAUUUAAAAUAAUGUAACAUUUGUAAGUUUCUAUGUGAUAAUUUAAUAAAUAAUUAAACAUAAUUUUUACGCUGAUCGUAACAUUAUUUCCAGAUACUUUAAAAGCAAACAAAAUGACUAAGAUAUUAUUGAUGACACCAAAAAUUUUUUUAAUUACAUUACUUGAUAAGUAUAAUGAUUUAUGGUAAAAUCGCUAGUGUUCGGUUAUUUUUAGACGGUGACUUAGAUUCAUAAAUGUUUAUUAUAAAAAUAUUUUUGUACAACAAGAAAUUGAAUAUCGUUUUUAGAGGCAACAUUAUAAAAGAGUGGCAUCAAUCAUCACUAAGAUGCUCACCUGUCAGCAAAGGACAUAUUUGAGCUUUUUUAAUAAGCAGGUAAAUAAUGAAAAGAAAAUGUUAACAUUGUCCGGUAUUACAAUACAUUUCUUGUCCGAAUCCAAUAUAUAUUUGGACGAUUUUCAAGAAAAAACAAUAUAUAAAAAACCACGCGCAAUUAACCUAUGAAGGUUAAGUAGGUCAUUGAACUUAAUUUCGCAUAUGGUAUUGUUUUUUACUGGAUCUAACAGUAAAAUGUCUGGUUAAUAUUAAACUCCCUGUGUGGUGUAAGCAAAUACUCAGUUUGUUUUGGUAACGUAUAAUUUAAUGAAUGAUUAACAUAUUGCAGACGCUUAGACAAAUAAGGUUGACUGUAGGACAUUGCAGUUUUUUUUUGUUCAGAUACUUUACGGCUGUAAACAUCGUAUUGACUUAUUAUAAACAAAUGGUUCGCAUGAAAGUCAAAGUUAAAAAUAACAA